UUAUACUUACAACCUCUCUCUCAUAUUCCUCUCCUCACUCACUACUAUUACUCGCUUAACAACUCAAUUCAACUCCAUUACUUCUAAUGCACUCCAGCCCGAAAACAGUUUAAAAUGGGCUGCUUCACAUUUGCCAAAUGUGUGAUGGUUGUGGUCAGCCUGCUUAUUUUUGUGGCAGGUGCAUCUAUGGUUGCUAUAGGGACAUGGGUGCAUAUUGAUGGAGGUUCCUUUAUCAAAAUUUUGGUACCGUUUAUGACAAACUACAUAAGGCAUGCCAAUGUUCCUGUCUUCUUCAUCUGUUUGGGAUCGGUUAUGGUUCUGUUAGGUAUACUGGGAUGCUGUGGAGCUAAAAAAGAGAGCAAAUUUCUUCUUAUAAUGUUCUUUUCCAUCAUCAUGAUCAUUUUCAUUUCUGAGGUGGCAGCCGGGGUAAUUAUCCUGGUCUAUUCCCGUGAUGCUAAGGAUUUUUUGAGUAGCUGGGCCUUACCUGGAUUGAUGACGUAUGGGAAAGAAGAAGUGUUCACAGACUUGUGGAACUCAACCAUGAUAUCAUUCAGAUGCUGUGGCUUCAACAACUACACAGACUUUUCUGAAUCUUACUUCUAUGAGCAGAAUGGUCUUCUUUACCCUCCAACCUGCUGCAGAACCCCUGCAGGCUAUCCAUGUGUUGAGGAAACCGCACUUUUCAGUCAUGUCGUGGGAUGUUAUAAAAAAAUAGUUAGUCUCGUCCAGAGGAACAUCAUCCUUGUUAGUGCCAUAGCAAUUGGAAUCGCGGGCAUUGAGAUGGCAGCGAUAGCUAUGGCCAUUUAUCUCUACUGCUACUUGGAUGAUAAAGCCACCUGAAAAUCUUCAGUCUAUACCUGUGAGCAAAUUUGGUUUCGGUCAUAAAUGGUGAAGCUUAUUCAUUUGACCACUCAUUUUUGGUAGUUAAUAGACUAGUUCACAUUUUAUUGUAAGACUGUUGUAUUAAGUUUCAACCAGUGAAAUGAUAUAAUUAGAAUAUUUCAAAAUCAUCUCACAGAUAAUGUGAUGUGAUGACUUGUAAAAUAUAUACUAUUAACUAUUUUCCUUCUUAUGACUGUAAGUGAAAUAAAAAUGUUAA